AGGGCGAGAGAGCAAGACGGGCUGAAUAUGGCAAGUACUAUCCAAGGGACACCUACAUUUGGAAUAACGUGUUCGGAUUUGGAUUUUGGUGAAAAACUGUCCUACCUACCUGAAAAGCUAAAACAGCGGCUGCUUCCUUUUCAGAAGAAAGGAAUUGUGUUUGCAUUGGAAAGAGAUGGCAGGUGUAUGAUUGCAGAUGAGAUGGGCUUGGGGAAGACUAUCCAAGCAAUAGCUGCAUCUUACUAUUACAAAAAUGAAUGGCCUCUGUUAAUAGUGGUGCCCUCAUCAUUGAGGUACCCUUGGGUGGAUGAGAUGGAGAAAUGGAUCCCAGACCUCUGUCCUGAGGAUAUAAUUAUCGUUCAGAAUAAAACUGAUGUUUGGAAGAUACCUACAAGCAAAGUGACCGUGCUGGGUUAUGGCCUGCUAACUUCAGAUGCACAGACGUUAAUGGAUGCUCUACACAAACAGAACUUUAAAGUUGUAGUAGUUGAUGAGUCUCAUUACAUGAAAUCCAGAAAUGCGGCUCGUAGCAAAAUUUUGUUGCCGAUCGUACAGAAUGCUGUUCGGGCCAUUCUGCUCACUGGAACCCCUGCUUUGGGAAGGCCUGAAGAGCUUUUCAUGCAGCUUGAAGCACUUUGUCCAAGAAAAUUUGGGACAUGGUCUGAAUAUGCAAAGAAGUACUGUAAUGCACGUGUCAGAUUUUUUGGCAAAAGACGUCAAUGGGACUGCAGAGGAGCUUCCAAUUUAGACGAACUGCACCAGUUACUAAGCAAUGUGAUGAUUAGGCGAAUGAAGAAUGAAGUUUUAACACAGUUGCCACCUAAAAUCAGACAACGAAUUGCUUUCGAUCUUCCCAAAAGUACUGCUAUGGAAUUAAAUGCUAGCUUUGAAGACUGGGAGAAAUUAAUGAGGGCUUCACAUUUAGAUUCGACUGAAAGUGACUUUUUCCAGGUGAUGGGCCUAAUCACACGCAUGUUUAAACAGACUGCCAUUGCUAAGGCAGGAGCAGUAAAGGAUUAUAUCAAAAUGCUGCUGGAGAAUGACAAACUGAAGUUUCUAGUCUUCGCCCAUCACUUAAGCAUGCUGCAGGCAUGUACAGAGGCAGUGAUAGAAAGCAAGGCUCGUUACAUUCGGAUAGAUGGAAGCGUACCUUCAGCAGAAAGAAUAAACCUUGUCAAUCAGUUCCAGAAGGAUCCAGAUAUUAGAGUGGCCAUUUUGAGCAUUCAGGCUGCUGGUCAGGGCUUAACAUUUACUGCUGCAACACAUGUUGUUUUUGCUGAACUAUACUGGGACCCUGGACAUAUCAAACAAGCAGAAGACAGAGCACAUCGGAUUGGACAGUGCAAUUCCGUGAAUAUACAUUACCUCAUUGCAAAUGGAACAUUGGACCCUCUUAUGUGGGCGAUGUUGAACCGCAAGGCCAAAGUUACAGGGACCACACUAAAUGGCAAAAAGGAAAAACUGCAGGCGGAAGAAGGCGACAGAGAGAAGUGGUCUUUCCUGAAUUUUGCUGAAGCUUGGAUCCCAAAUGAAAGUUUAAAUGAGAUAAAGAAUGAGGUUUUAUUCACCCAUUUUGAAAAGGAAAAGCAGCAUGAUAUCCGGGCCUUCCUUUCACCAAAGCCAGAUACUGGGAAAAAGCGAAAAAUGGCUUCUUGUGAGAGAUCAUCAGGCUUAAGUGGAGAUUCUUCUCAAUUGCUAGAGGGAAAGGACAUGGAGAAUGGAGAAUAUUUGGACUCAAAGGGACUAAAUGAUAUGGAUGUUCUUCAAAGAGAAGCAAAAAAACCAAGAGGUUUAGAGCCAUCUACUCCUAAGAGUUCUCCUAAGAAAGGGAAGCAAUCUUUGUUUGGAGAUACAAACCAUUCACUUACAGAAGACACUGCCCAAGAAGAAUUUGGUACGCCACUAUCUAAUUCAAGCAAAGCAUCUGCUUCUGAAGCAACCUGGCAUUGCAGUUGUUGCACUUACAGUAAUAAUUCAUUGCUGCCUUAUUGUGAAAUGUGUGAAUCUCCUCGGAGAAAGAACACAUCCGUAGUUAUACAGAAUAAAAGUCUGAUCGAUGACUCUGUUUCUACUGAGAGUGUAGAAGAAAAUGACGUCCGAGUUAGUAUAAAUCCUAAUGGUGCAGAGAAAACCAAUAAAGAGAGCCAGAGGAAAACCUUAGGGCAACCAUCGCCUGGGACAUCUGGUGAAACUGAGGAAGAAGCUGCCAUUGCUGCAAAUAAGCAAUCCAAUUGUUGCGAGCAAGAGCUCAGAGAAGACCAUUUACAGGAUUCCGAAUCCUUUCCAUCAUAUCAUGGCCUGAAGUUCUGUGCAAGUAGGAACACUGACAGAAUUCAUGUCUACACAAAGGAUGGAGAGCCCCUGAAUUGUAACUUCAUUCCAUUGGAUAUAAAACUAGAUAACUGGGAAGAUUUACCAGAGUGUUUUCAACAAAAACAGAACCGUUCAUUGAUACUGAGGUUUGUAAGAGAAUGGAGUGGUCUAACAGCCAUGAAGCAGAGAAUUAUCAGGAAAAGUAGCCAGAUAUUUUCUAGCCCCAUUCUUGCUGCUGAAGAGAUGUUAUCUAAACAACAAGCCAAGCUUAGCAGUACCAAACGGUACAUGACAAAAGAGGACAUCGCCAAAGCUUCACUAGGGAAAGCUGACAGCAGUGGGGGCAGUGUUCACCUAGUCACCAGAAAAUCCACGGUUGCCAUAAAAAUCAACACUGCCUCUGCUGGAGAAAAGGACAGACAUUCUACAGAGCUGGCUUCAGAAGAUGGGACUUGCCCAGAUUCCAGUCAGUUUAACGCUUUUGAAGAUCCUUUCUUGGGUAAAGGCUACUUGCAGGCUGUAGACAAUGAAGGGAAGCCACUGUGCCUCAGCUGCCAAAAACCAGCAAUCCAGAAUGAACAAACGUCCAUUUCUAUUGCUUGGGAUACACGAUUUUGUUCUCAUAAGUGCCAGGAUGACUUCUUAUUCCGCACUAGCCAAAGCUACCUCAGAACUAAAGUUUUUGAAAUAGAACAUGGGGUUUGUCAGAUGUGUGGUCUGAAGGCCCAGGAACUCUACCUGUGUGUCAGAGAUGCCCCAAAGAAUCAACGUAAGUGUCUUCUGGAGAGCUCUUGGAUGUCCAAGCUUCCUUUAACACAGUUAAAUGAUAUUAUACUGAACCCAACUGAAGGUAACUUCUGGCAAGUGGAUCAUAUCAAGCCAGUUUACAGUGGGGGAGGACAGUGUUCUCUAGAAAAUCUCCAAACACUAUGUACAGUUUGUCACAAGGAGAGAACAGCAAAACAAGCAAAGGAAAGAAGCCAAAUGAAGAGGCAAUCUGUAGCUUCAAAAUAUGGAUCUGACAUUACCAAAUUUUUUGUGAAACAAUGAAAGUAUUAUUAGAAGUUUGUGCAUAGCUUGAACAAAUUGAUAUUGAUCAUGUACUUUUAAUAGGUAACUUGUUUGAAAAUUCCAUUAUUAUGGGAUUUAAAUAAUAGCUAAAUAGCGUUUAGCAAUUCCUUGGGUUGGAUCCAGAAUAACUGUUCCACUAGCAAAAGGAAACCAUUUCCUCUACUCCCCCUGCCACCUCCCAUGUGCUCUUGAAAUCUCUGAAAGAUCCUCCUCUGACAAGCGUGGAUCAUCCAAGCUUGGGUGUCAAUCAGUUUACCCAGUUUGGUUUUGUUUACUAAUAAUCCAUACUGGAUUUUAUCAGAUAAAUGUUAGAAAAGCAGAUUAAUAACAACCCACCUACAUUGUUUUGUAGGUUCUCAAUUUUAAAUGUUUUGUACUUUCUCAGUUAAAGAUUUACAAUUAUAGGUAAUAGCAAACAUUCUUCCCAAAAGGCUCUUAUGACAUUUAUUUCUCUACCUUCUGCAUUUUUCCUUAGUAUUUAUUUACAGAUGACUCUUUAGCCUCUAUCCUAUCUUAUGAAGCUAUACAACUUUGAAUUCUAAAAAUACCAGCUCAGAAAUAUGUGAAGUAUACCUGUUUCACUAUUUUGAGCUCUUCCGUGAAUAAGCCAGAAGAACCUGAAAGCCGUAUCUGUAUUCAAAGUGAAGUUUGUUACUUUGACAACUUUUGCACUAUUGGACUAACAGAAGUAGCAUUUUUAAAUACAUGCUCUCAACAGCUGCUGUAUUCAACAUACACACAUUUCUGAUUGGUAACUGAGAAGGAGCAAUAGAAGUUAGGUUAUAUAGCAGGGUGUUCCCUAUUGUGAGAUAGGUGAAGCCUGAAGGCCUUUUUUUAAAAGAAGAAAAUAUUCCUAAAGCAUGUUAAUAUAAAAUUAAAAUGGUGGGUGGAUGUAGCUUAGCACUUCAUUUUGAAGUGCAUCCAGUUAACCAGGAAAAAAGGGGAAAGGGAAGCUGGGUGUGGGGCAGGAACAUCUUGGGAGGGUUAUGGAGAGGCACAGGUUGUUGCCUGUGUGCUGUGUGUGUAUGACCCCACCUCUACAUUGUAAUCAGCUUCUUGAAUAUGUUACUUAUCUCUGGGCCUCAUCAGUUUUCCUCCAAUGAAAUGGGUGUUGGAGCAGCAGAAAGCUGUGGGCUGAGAAGACUGGUCUUGUGUUUUGGAGCUCAAACAUCCACAUAUGCCUUGUUCGCAGCUUCUUGAAUA